AUGGCGGUAUGUGGAAUGUAUUUCAUGAUCGAGGAGCCCUUGCCCGCUAUACGGGUACUGUGGCAAACCCUCGGAGGGCUGUCGGGGUUUUCGCGCAAUGUCAUAGCAGUCGAUGCUUUCAAGCGUGACGGGAAUACUCUGGAGUCGUUCGGGGGUCUUAUCAUCAUCAUAAGCUGGUCUCUGCGUGAGCGGAUUCUGGAUAAGUUUGCCUCCCAUUGCUGGAAGGCAGCAGCGCGGCAGGAGGGACACCAGCACAAUCGUCAGAUCCGUUACCAAUGGGCAGCAGGCGAGUGCACAAGGCGACAUCAUCAGAUCGUGCUUCUGUAA